AUGACAAAGGGUUACAAUAAUGCAGUGGUUGAUUGCGUUGAUAUUCCACUUCGUGAUAAGGUAAUCGAAGUCAUCCAUGAGGACUUUUUUGACGUUAGGAAAAAUUUCGGCAGAGUUAUUAUCGUGAAUAAUAACUUGAGAAAGAUAGAACCGCAUGCAUUUGAUAAAGUAAAAUAUGUUAACAUGAUUGAUUUGCGAAUGAAUAACUUGACAAGUCUACCAAUAGAAUUAUUCAGUAAAAAUAGAAUGCUCAAAGUGCUUGAUUUAUCACAGAACAAUUUUUUUAUUGAUUCAUUCCCGCAUGAUUUGCUACGAAAUAACGUUCAUUUAACCAAUUUUACCAUGAUACAAAAUAAACAGGAAAUUGUAACUUUACCUAAACGAUUCUUUGCAAAUUUGAUUAAAUUAAAAAAUCUAAAGUUAACUGACAUUGGUUUAUUCUACGUGCAUCAAAAUUUGCUAUGGGGAUCGACCGAAAUACAAGAGUUAUAUAUAGACAGGAAUAGACUUAAAUCUAUUCCACAAAAAUUCUUUAGAGAUUGCAGAAAACUGACAAAGCUGGUUUUAAAAUGUAAUGAAAUCAGUUAUUUACCUGAAGACAUUUUUGCAACACUAACUAAUUUGGAAAUACUAGAUUUGUCUUACAACAAUAUCAGACAUAUUGACAACAAUCUUCUGAAAAGUUUGUCCUCUUUACGUACAAUAAAAAUGGAACAUAAUCAAUUGCGAGCAAUUGAUCCCGAAGCAUUCAAGGGCCUAAAGAGUCUUCAAGUUGCACAUUUUUCGUACAAUAAUUUGACAUUAAAACCAUCAGAAAUAAUAGACAAUGAUGCGCUGAAAAUUACAUAUGUUGAUAAGGAUGAACCGCACUCUGUAUUACACUUUUGUAAGGAUACUCUUGAAGAACUCUACGUUGAUCACAACUUCAUUACCGAAGUCUUUUCUGACUGGAUCACAGCACCUCGUCUUCGGAUUCUCAACUUAGCCCAUAAUGGAAUUUCUUAUCUACAAAUAUCAGAAUUGCAAUUCUCGUCGAGUAUAAUCGAAGUAGACAUGUCACAUAACGAAAUUCACCGGGUUGAUUUUCAAGGUGUUGAAAGGUUAACUCCAGAAAAUCUUGGUAAAGUGACAAUCAAUAUACAAGACAAUCCUAUAAGAUGUGACUGUAAGCUGAAUGUCUCGUUGAAGUCCAUCGACGAGAAUAUUUACCACCCAUAUGUACUACAUGAUGAAAAUGUAUUUAACCUAAAAGUUGAUAAUUUGAAAUGUCAUCGACCUGAAUCACUAGAACAUGUUAAGAUCAACAAAUUGAGCUCUAAAUCUGUAACUUGUGAAAUGAUCGAAUCACGAAGAAAUAAUAUUUCAUUUCCACAAAAUUGCAAGUGUAUAAGAAGUCUAUCAGAUGAAUCAAUUUUAAUUAAUUGUUGGUAUCAAGAACCAACUACUGCUCCAGCGUUUAAAGUUGACAUUGAAUCAUUAGAAGUCAUUGAUGCAGGAUGUUUUGACAAUAAGGAGAAAUUCGACAAAGUUAUUAUUGUAAAUAAGAACUUGAGAAAAAUAGAACCGCAUGCAUUUGAUGAAUUAAAAUAUGUUAAAGAGAUUGAUUUGCGAAUGAAUGACUUGACAAGUCUACCAAUAGGAUUAUUCAGUAAAAAUACAAUGCUCCAAGUGCUUGAUUUAUCACAGAACAAUUUUCUUUAUAAUUCAUUCCCGCAUGGUUUGCUACAAAAUAACGUUUAUUUAACCAAUUUUACCAUGAUACAAAAUAAACAGAGAUUUAUGCAUUUACCUGAACGGUUAUUGGCUGACUUAGUUUCUUUGAAAUAUAUUAAGUUGACUGAUACAGGCAUUCUCACAGUUCCAAGGGACCUCAUAUGGAAUUCAAGUAAUCUUGAAGUAUUCCAUCUGGACAAUAAUUGGAUACAAUCUCUGCCGGCUGAUUUCUUCAAAGACAGUAAAAAAUUAAAGGAGCUAGUCUUAAGUUUUAAUGUAAUUGAUAAGUUACCUGAAGACAUUUUUGCAACAUUAACUAAUUUGGAAAUACUAGAUUUGUCUUACAACAAUAUCAGAUAUAUUGACAACAAUCUUCUGAAAAAUUUGUCCUCUUUACGUACAAUAAAAAUGGAACAUAAUUACUUGCGAGCAAUUGAUCCCGAAGCAUUCAAGGGCCUAAAGAGUCUUCAAGUUGCACAUUUUUCGUACAAUAAUUUGACAUUAAAACCAUCAGAAAUAAUAGACAAUGAUGCGCUGAAAAUUACAUAUGUUGAUAAGGAUGAACCGCACUCUGUAUUACACUUUUGUAAGGAUACUCUUGAAGAACUCUACGUUGAUCACAACUUCAUUACCGAAGUCUUUUCUGACUGGAUCACAGCACCUCGUCUUCGGAUUCUCAACUUAGCCCAUAAUGGAAUUUCUUAUCUACAAAUAUCAGAAUUGCAAUUCUCGUCGAGUAUAAUCGAAGUAGACAUGUCACAUAACGAAAUUCACCGGGUUGAUUUUCAAGGUGUUGAAAGGUUAACUCCAGAAAAUCUUGGUAAAGUGACAAUCAAUAUACAAGACAAUCCUAUAAGAUGUGACUGUAAGCUGAAUGGCUUGUUGAAGUUCAUUGAUGGAAAUAUUCACCACCCGUAUGUACUACAUGGUGAAAAUGUAUUUAACCUAAAAGUUGAUAAUUUGACAUGUCAUCAACCUGAAUCACUAAAAGAUAUCAAAAUCAGUGACUUGAGGUCUCAAUUGAUAGAUUGUAAUUUUAAAACGUAACUUAUGCUGAAAAUGAUGUAUUUAUAUGCAUUGUAAAUAAUAGAAAUUUGUAUUGAUUACAUU